AUGGAUUCCCUGGUGGAGGGGAACCACACUGCAGUGACAGAGUUCAUUUUAUUGGGCUUAACACAGGAUCCAGUCCUUCGAGUCAUCCUCUUCAUCAUCAUCCUGGGCAUCUACCUGGUGACUGUAUUGGGAAAUCUCUGCACAAUCCUUCUCAUCAGAGUUUCCACUCAGCUCCACCACCCCAUGUACUUUUUCCUUGGUCAUUUAGCUUUUGUUGACAUACUCUAUUCAUCUUCUGUCACACCCAACAUGUUGGUCAACUUCCUGGUAGACAAAAAUACAAUCUCCUACCAUGGAUGUGCAAUCCAGUUGUGUACAUUUGUUUUCUUUGGGGCAGCUGAGUGCUUUCUUCUGGCUGCCAUGGCCUAUGAUCGCUUCAUGGCCAUCUGCAACCCACUGCUCUAUUCAACCAAAAUGUCUACACAAGUCUGUGUGCAGUUCCUUGUAGUAGCUUACAUUUGUGCUGGUUGUUUAAAUGCUUCAUCCUUUUCUCUUUCUUUCUUUUCUUUGGUGUUCUGUGGAUCAAACAGAAUCAAUCAUUUCUUUUGUGAUUUUGCUCCUCUACUUGAAGUUGCCUGUUCUGAAGACAGUGUCCUCAUACUUCUUUCCACACUCACUGCUGGCUCCAUCCUUGUGGUCACAGUGAUUGUCAUAGCCAUCUCCUACAUCUACAUCCUCAUCACCAUCCUGAAGAUGCGCUCCACAGAGGGCCGCCACAAGGCCUUCUCCACCUGCACCUCCCACCUCACUGCGGUCACUCUGUUUUAUGGGACAGCUUUGUUUAUUUAUGUGAUGCCCAAAUCCAGCUUUUCCACUGACCAGAACAAGGUGAUAUCUGUGUUCUAUAUGGUGGUCAUCCCCAUGUUGAACCCCCUUAUCUACAGCCUCAGGAAUAAUGAGAUCAAAGGGGCUCUGAGGAGAGAACUUGGGAGGAAAAUGUUUUCUUAG